AUGGCCAAAGCAAAGGCUGCCGUCAAGGGGAAGCAGGACUCGAAGACGGGUCGCCGCAAGAUCAACAUUUCAUUCAUUGAAGAUGACGCAAGGCGUCAUAUCACUUUCAGCAAACGCAAAGCCGGCAUUAUGAAGAAGGCCUAUGAGCUUGCCACCCUCACAGGCACACAGGUUCUUCUGCUCGUGGUGUCUUCGACCGGUCUCGUGUACACGUUUUCCACACCCAAGCUGAAGCCAGUUGUCCGAGAUCGCGAGGGAAGAGAGCUCAUCCAGACAUGUCUUAACGCCCCUGAC